AUGGAUAUCUACCGUGAACACAUCGCGACUGAGAUCAGCAAAUACCUCAGUGUCGAUGCUGAGAAGGUCUACUCUCGUGUUGCGUGGACCAGCACCCUGGACAAAGGUGAUCUUUCAUUGCCGGUUGCCUCUCUCCAAAUCAAGCAGAACCCCGUUGAGCUCGCCAAGGAGGUUGCGAGCAAGUUCCCAGAGUCCGACCUCAUUCACCCCCCAACCCCUCUCGGUCCUCACGUGCAGUUCUUCGUCAAGCCCCAGCCAUUGAAAAACAGCGUCCUUGGUCGCAUUCUCAAGGAGAAGGCUGCUUAUGGAACAAACGGCAACCAGGGUCAAAAGGACCCUGCCGACCCCUCUAAGGGCCAAAAGAAGAUCAUCAUUGAGUUCUCUUCGCCCAACAUCGCCAAGCCCUUCCACGCCGGUCACUUGCGCAGUACUAUCAUUGGUGGUUUCCUUGCCAACAUCUACACUGUUAUGGGAUGGGACGUUAUUAAGAUGAACUACCUUGGUGACUGGGGUAAGCAGUACGGUCUGUUGGCCAACGGCUUCAAGUACUUCGGUAAUGAGGAAGCCCUUGUCAAGGACCCCAUCAACCACCUCUUUGAUGUCUACGUCAAGGUCAACGGUCUUGUCAGCGAGCAGGAUGGCCCCAUCAAGGAACUCAAGGAACAGAUCAAGGCCAAGAAGGAGAAGUCCGAGGAUGUUACUGAAUUGGACGCCCAACUUGCCAAGCUUGUGGAUGUUAGCGAGGAUGAGAAGGCUCGCCGCUACUUCAAGAGCAUGGAGGACAGUGACCCUGAGGCACUUGCCCUCUGGCGCAAGUUCCGUGAUCUCAGCAUUGAGAAGUACAAGCAGACAUACGCCCGCCUGAACAUCGACUUCGACGUCUACUCUGGUGAAUCUCAAAUCAAGUCCGAGAGCAUGACUGGUGCCUACAAGCUCAUGGAGAAGGCCGGUGUCUCUGAAGAAUCAGAGGGCGCUGUUAUUGUGGACUUCACCAAGCACGGCGCAAAGAAGCUGGGCAAGGCCAUCAUUGUUCGCAAGGAUGGUACUCCUCUUUACCUGACUCGCGAUAUCGGUGCCAUCACCGAGCGUGACGAGGAAUACCACUUCGACAAGAUGAUUUACGUUGUUGCUUCUCAGCAGGACCUUCACCUGGCCCAGCUUUUCAAGGUCACUGAGCUGAUGGGCCACAAGGACCUGGCUUCUCGCUGCCAGCACAUCAACUUUGGUAUGGUUCGUGGUAUGAGCACCCGCAAGGGUACUGUUAAGUUUUUGGAUGACAUCUUGCGCGACGUCGGCGAGAAGAUGCACGAGGUGAUGAAGAAGAACGAGGUCAAGUAUGCGCAAGUCGAGGACCCCGAAAAGACUGCUGAUAUCUUGGGUAUCACCUCCGUCAUGGUGCAAGACAUGACUGGCAAGCGUGUCAACGGCUAUGACUUCAACUUGGACGCCAUGACAUCCUUCGAGGGUGACACUGGUCCCUACCUGCAGUACGCUCACGCUCGUCUUUGCUCCAUGGCUCGCAAGUCUGAGCUGAAUGUCGAUGAGCUGGUCAACGCCAACUUCGAUUUGUUGACUGAGAAGCACGCUGUUGAUCUUGUUCGUCUCUUGGCCCAGUGGCCCGACGUGCUCCUGCAAACCGCCAAGACCCUUGAGCCCAUCACUGUUCUCAGCUACCUGUUCCGCAUGACUCACAUGCUCAGCUCCAGCUACGAUGUUCUGAAGGUCAUCGGCAGCGAGCCCGAUGUUAAGCAGGCUCGUAUGGCCUUGUAUGCCUCAGCUCGCCAGGUCCUGAACAACGGCAUGCGCGUUCUUGGUCUGAACCCCGUUGAGCGUAUGUAA